AUCAGUAAAGCAAGUGGUAAGAGGCGCUGCGUGUCAUAAGCGGAGCGGUCCACACAUAUCACGCACGACGUUAGGAGUUCCCGGUGAAAACGCCCCUCUACUCUCCUCCUAGCCCUUUCCCUGAUCGUAAGCAUCUCUGCCGGCUUGUGCCUGUCUGCUGUGCCAGCCUGCAGGGCUACACCUCCCGCGGCAGAGGAAAGGCGCUCCGGGGCGGUGGCGGAGUCCGUCUUCCAGUUUCCUGCGAUCUUAAUGAUCAGAACCUGGACUGAAGCCUGACACUCCGGACCUGACAGGACAGGAAUGCAAUCCAUUUCUAUGACAACAGAGACGGCUUUGGCUGGGGAAUUGAAGAGCGCAAUGGAGGGUGACGCCAUGAGAACCAAUCAGGUUCCAGAGGACCAGGGGGACAUGGAUGAUAGCUCAGAGAAAACCCCCAGCAAAGCCUCAAGAUCUCCCCAGAAAAGCAACAAGCGGCCUAAAACCGUCCCUGUCAAAGUCAGUCUACUUGACGGAUUGGACUAUGAGGCUGGAGUUGAGAAAUUUGCCAAGGGCCAGACCCUGCUGGACAUGGUGUGUGGCCAUCUGAACCUGCUGGAGAGGGAUUACUUUGGCCUGACUUUCCAUGACACGGACAACGCCAAGCAUUGGUUGGACCCCUCCAAAGAGAUUAAGAAGCAAAUUCGGGUUGGUUCCUGGACCUUUGGAUUUUCUGUCAAGUUCUACCCUCCAGACCCGUCUGUGCUCAUGGAAGACAUCACCAGGUACUACCUGUGCCUGCAGCUGAGGGACGACAUCCUGUCCGGUCGUCUGCCCUGCUCGUUUGUCACUCACGCCCUUCUGGGCUCCUACACUGUCCAGGCCGAGCUGGGAGACUACGAGCCCGAUGAACACGGCCCCGACUACGUCAACGACUUCCGCUUUGCACCCAACCAGACACGUGAGCUGGAGGAGAGGGUAAUGGAGCUGCAUCGUAACUACAGGGGAAUGAGUCCAGCAGAGGCAGAGGUGAACUUUCUAGAAAAUGGCAAGAAGCUCUCAAUGUAUGGAGUGGACCUGCAUCACGCUAAGGUACAGAGAUUUAUAAAAACGUUGCUAGUCCCAGACUAUUCAUCUGUCAACGCACUUUGUCUGAGGUUUUAUGAUGAUCACCAGGAUUCAGAAGGAAUUGACAUAAUGCUCGGUGUGAGCGCCAACGGUCUGCUCAUCUACCGAGACCGUCUAAGGAUCAACCGAUUCGCUUGGCCAAAAAUCCUCAAGAUUUCCUACAAGAGAAGCAACUUCUACAUCAAGAUCCGCCCAGGAGAGUAUGAACAGUUUGAGAGCACCAUAGGCUUCAAGCUGCCCAACCAUCGGGCCUCGAAGCGAUUGUGGAAGGUCUGCAUUGAGCACCACACCUUCUUCAGGUUGGUUUCUCCAGAGCCGCCUCCCAAGGGCUUCCUGGUCAUUGGUUCAAAGUUCCGCUACAGCGGGCGGACCCAAGCCCAGACCAGACAGGCCAGUGCUCUGAUUGACAGGCCUGCCCCGCAGUUCGAUCGUUCCAUCAGCAAGAGGUACUUGCUGGCCCGAAGCAUUGAUGGAGCCUCAGCUCUAGGCUACAGUAUGGACCAGCUGUCCCAGCGAAGCUCCAGUGAACGCACACAGUUCAUGUCCAGAGAAGACCUGGACCAGGAGGGCAGCCUGGACCUGGACCAUGAUCAGUACCCCUACCAGGACCAAGACCAUGACCAGUACACAGAUCAGGAGCUGGAGCAGCAUGAUGGUCAGGAUCAAGAUCAAGUUCAGAAGCAUUCUUGGGGUGCCCACAUAUCAACGCCCACCAAGACUUUGGAGCUCAAGGAUGAGGAGGAAGGCUCGCCUUUAGACUCAAAACCAGAGGAUCUGGCCACCCCUCGGCCCAAACAGGAGCAGUUCAUGGAUAAGCCAGAGGACGUUCUACAAAAGCACCAGGCCAGCAUUAAUGAGCUGAAGAGGGCUUUGAGGCAGCCGAACAGCAAGAUAGCCCAGAGGGAGAAACGCCUCUCCUCAGCUACUCCUCCUGGAGGAACCCCCGAGCGGAAACCAGAUACACCUCCCACACCUGCUAUUCACGAGGAACCUUUCAACGAAGCUUCAAGGGAACCGUGGGAGAGACGUCUGGGCUCUGUCUCCGAGGAUGACCAGGACCAAGAGAUCCUGUACCUGAAGGAGACCCACCUGGGCAUCGAGCGCAAAUGUUCCAGCAUCACGGUCAGCUCUACGUCCAGCUUGGAGGCCGAAGUAGAUUUCACCGUCCUCACGGACCUGCACUCUGGCAUGGAGGAGUUCUCCAGGGGCAUGACAGAGCUGGGGGAUAGGGUAGUGUCCCCCGAUGUGGGUCUGUGCUUUAGCAUGGACUUGCUCCAGCAGCACGCCCCCUCUGAACCCCAUCCUCCAUUGGUGUCCGCCCCUCCGGCCAAACAUGUCCAGGCCGAAGAAGUCCGACCUGAGGUCAAACGGUCCGAUGCGCAGCCUGUAGUCCCCAAAAAACCAAAGAGGUCAGUGCCGGUGUCAUCGUCAGUGGACAGAGAGCCGCACAGAGAAGCCGGUCGAGUCUCCGCCGUCACACCGCUGAGCAGGGAGGCCAGUGAUGUCAUGCCCACAGCGACAGUGAGGAAGACAGACGUCAGGACGGAGACUCAGCCCAACGGCUCAGAGGUCACCACGACCAUCGUGGAGUUCACAGAUCAGGAUCACGGCCUCUCCGGCCUGAGUGAUGUUUCUUACUCCACGCGACAGAGUGUAUCCCCUGUGCAUAUGAGCGGUCUUGGGAGAGAGGCUACAGGGUCGCCCAUCCUCGUCACUGAAAAUGUUACCUCGGCAACCACUCACGUUACCAAGACGGUGAAAGGAGGAUAUUCAGAGACCAGGAUCGAGAAGAGGAUCAUAAUCACAGGAGACGAUGACGUAGACCAGGAGCAGGCUCUGGCUAUUGCAAUACAGGAAGCCAAGCAGCAGCAUCCAGACAUGCAAGUGACCAAGGCAGUUGUUGUCAGGGAAACAGAAUCAUCCACUGAGGAUCGACACGGCGCAUCAGAGUCCUGAUUUCGUGAGACAAGAGCGCCCCCCUUUGGACCGGAAGUGUCAGUGCCCGACCUGAAAUUCUCACCCACCAUCUCUACUGAUAGACUACUGCCAGUGGCGCUCAAAUGGAGCCUCUUGUACACAUUCACACACACACACCCAAAGCUGAAACAAGACUCCUUUGAAAUCUUUAGGUUUUUAUUUUUAUUCAAACAUUUCACUAUUGAAAUCCUUACUCAUAGUCCUUGAUUGGUCGAAAGUAUGCCACCAGAAUUCCAAUCUUCUGGGACAAUUAAAGAGAUCCGAAUCCGACUUAAUUCCCUGCAAAGCUCUCAGGGCCGCUAUAUUAAAACCACUUGCUUAAGUAUUCCUCAACGGUCAAAGGGAAUCUGCGCAUUGAUUCACACUGUUGAAUAAUCCAAGGCCAUGUGCCAUGUUGGUACCCACCCCAUGUAGAAAAUAAAACAUGGUCUUGUACCUAGGAGUCUUUUACAUGUCUGUGCUGCUGUACUGAAUAACAGGAAAUCAUCAGAUUCCUGCUCUGUGUGCUGAAAAAAACCUACUGUGUGUGCUUUACACUUACAAUAAUCCAUUACAUGUAGCUCCAGUGCUGUUAGAGCAUUCAGUGGAGCAGGUUUAGUGAGAGCAGAGCAAAUCCUACUUUUAGUUUCCACUCUUGCAUAUCCAGUGUAAUGAACAAAUGAGCUUUGUCCCGCCCUCCUGUCACACUGACUGAUGAGGAUGCACGGAGCAGAACGGAUCACGUAGAGCCAACAAGGUCCUCUGCUGGUGCUUCUUCAAGCCGCAGCUAGUCUGAUCACUAUACUUCCCUCUAUCGGUCACCUUAGAAUAUACUUCUGUAAAAUGUAUUUGACCAUGAUGUGCGAGCUGCUGCGUCAUGAUGGACUUUGAUUGGACUUUUAGAGAACUUCUGCGUAGGAGCUGUUAAUAUGCACAGUAUACCCGAUGUAUUUAUUCCAAUGGGGGAGAUGUAGUUUCUGAGCAUGCUGAGCCCAGUUCCUCUCCUUUCACAGCCUUUAGAUAUGCUUUCAGAAUUCAUUAUAUAAUACCACUUUGGCCAUUUUGUGUAGUCAGUACGUAGAGUAGGCUCACACCCUUGUUCAAGUCACAGAACGGGUAGCUGCAUCAAUAAAACUAGUAUUUGAGAUAAUGUUUGCAUGAUCAUUUCUUGCAUUAUUGGAUUGUAAUUGAGUAAUAUAGAGAUGAACUCAUAAGAAGGAUGGGUCAUGAUGAUCAAGAUAUAAAGGCCGAAUGAUUCACAAACAAUCUGAAGUUGAAUCUGAGCUCUCACAAGUACAAAAAAGAAAGAAAGAAGGAAAUGAAGCUUCCUGACAGGAAAUUAAGAUUAUUCAUCAUAAAUAGUGGGAAACAGCUAAUAAAUUCAGUUUAGUUAAUUCCAAGAUUCAAUGACAGCACAGUGGCUAGUUUCCUUGUUCAGUUACAAGCCUCUUAUUUAAGCCAAUAGUGCUGUUAUAUAUAUUUAUUUUAGAUAUAAUUUUGAAUUGAAUCUCCCGGUAUAGUAACAUGAAGUAGGCCUGUCAUGCCUACAUUCAGUUGUGACUGAUACUUUCCCCUGGCCUAUUUAUUGUACAACACAUUUACUUCAUCUUUCAACAUACUCUGCAGAAACGGUAUUAUGCAUCAGAGCCCUUCCAAUACUCUUUCGAGCAAAGUAGUGUUAUAAAUAAAAUAUACAGUAGGAGCAGAAUCUUUGACCUUUUAGUUUUGUGUGAUUUGGUACAUGAAUGUUAGAGGGAUGUCAUAGGCAUGUAGUAUGCCAAUUAAGGUAGCAGUGAAAUUGUACAAACUCUGAUUUUAUAUGAAAAUAUUUGUAUGAACAGGCUACUUUUAAUUACACAGGUGCCAGAAAGUCAAAUGCAUAAACUUGACACGUCAAGGUUUCCCUUUAAUUAUGGUGUCUUUAACAUGACCUACAAAAUUUCUGUCUCCCUGCAAAAGUCACAUUUUAUAUACGAAUGCAGCAGCAAAUUCACUCAAUUGAUGUUAAUUGAAUGUUAAAACCGUCAUGUCAGGUUUAUGAGGGGAUUACUGAGGUAUAACUUUGGCUUUCAGACACCAAACUUUACUGUUCACAUGUGUCGUGUAAUUCCCGUUGUAUUUCAUAUUUUGGUUCAAAAAUCUUUUAAAGUGAUGAUUAAUCAUGGAUGUGGGUGUCAAACUGGAAGGUGAAAAAAACAAAAAAUGCAGCCAUGCAUAUCCUUGUACUGUAUAUUUGGUGCCGUUUGAUGGGAUUGUAAAGAUGUAAAGUAGUUAAUGGCCAUGGGCUUGAUGUACACUAGGGGGCACUAGUUACCAAAAUAAAGAAGAGAGCUUUGCAACAACAUUGAGCUGAACUCCUCCCCAUUCUUAACUAAAGGGGCAAAAUUAUCCAAAUCAUCCUUGGAUCGACCGGUAAGAUCAAAAUUACCUUCCUCUGUCCAGAACAGGCCAGCUCUUGGACGUCUGACAAGUAAUAACCAGACUGUGAUUAAUCAGAGACAUGUGGCUGAGACACCUGGUGCUGACGUCUGAUAGGACGACCUCUGGCUGACCCUUAAUCCUCGCCCUCUCCUCUCUGUACAGAGCCCCCCCUCCCCCUCCCCCUCUGCUAUCCAUGUGCCGUGUCUUUGCUGUACAUUGUACUUGCAUUCCUUCAAAAUGAAUAAAGAACAGAGAAAAAGAAAACACGAU